GAUUUCCUGGGGGUAUGGCCUGCCUUCAGUAUAUACACAGAUGUUCCAGCAAGGCUCCCUUCACUCUGGAUCCUGAGUCUCGCCCCUCAUAUUUGGACCUCUGUUUCUUGAGACAUGAGCCUUCGUUCUGUCAUCACACAUACCCAUCUUGGGUUCAUCGGCACCUGCAACUACCUGAGUCAGGAGAAGCCUCCAGCCUGAAGCCUAAACCAAGAACCUGAGACUUGCCAGCUUCUACAAGCAGGAGUUGAAAGGGGAGGAAUGUGACCAGAAAGGACUCUAAAGGUUUCUGAGGAGCUAAGGAGGGACCCAGACCUGGAGCACUAGAGUCACCACCUUGGCUCUCCCUGAGUUCUGAUCAGAACCACCCUGCCAACCACAGAUCAGGAUUCAUUUAGGAGCAGGUUCAUCAGCAUGAACAACUGGAGCCCACCCAGUCACUUGGACUUCACAAACCAGAGUCUGCUUCAGUACAAGGCCUUGACCACCCCUGCUCUGGAGUCGCUGCCCCACUCCUUAAAAGAAAAAGGCUCAGAUAAAGAGGAGAAACUGUUUGAAGGAAAAGGCAAGACACUCUCUUCUCAGCCAAGUGAGAGCAGCACCCAGAGGCAAGGUAAGGACUUGGGCUUUUUGUGCCCCUGGGUGGGUUCAUACUGCCGCCUCUUUGGUUACCAGUUAGGCCCUUACCCACAUGCUUUGCCCACAGGGGUCUCUCCACUGAUCUCCAGAAAGAAGGAUGAAAAGGGUCCUGAUGCUGGAGAUGAGACCCAGAGUACCCACCAUGGGAAACACUCGAAGACGCAUUCCAAGCGAAGGAAGCGGCCCAGAGUCUGGUCCCCAGGAGACCAGCCACCACCACUUCGGAGAUGCCUGGUAACCUCCCUGCGGGCUCUGUCUGAGGCCAUUUACCAGGAUGUGGCCCAGGUUCGGGCCCAGCAGGCACAGGCCCCGCUGACCUGGGAGGAGCUCGAGGUGCUCGCCCAGCUCCGGGGGCAGCUGUACACAGCAACCCAAACCUUCUACACCAUGGCCACCGAGGCGGCAUAUGUCUUCCCUGCUGAGGGUUGGCUCAACCCUGACCCACUGCCUGACUCCAGGGACCCAGCCCAGGAUUAG